AUGGUAGCGGCCGCCGAGCGGAUGAUCAGCCUCGAAUCCUGCCCGUGCGGAGUUGCUCAGCACGCCUACCGUUCGACAGUCACGUCGCUCGACGGCAGCACCGCACUGGCAACAUUCCCGCCCGCCCGGCCGAAGACGGACGCUGCGCUUCCUCUACGACUCGACAUCCCAACACUUACUCUGCUGAACCGUGUGCGCUCAUACGUCACAUGGCUACUGCGCUCCGUUACGUCGGGGCACAUGCGACAGCAGCUGUUCUUGGGUGAUUCGCCUGUCGCCGUAGACUGGGAGGCAGACAAUCCUGGCCGACCUCACUACGCCGAACAACGCAUGGUCACUUAG